GCUAUACGGCGUGGGAGCUAAUAUGUUGGGGAUGUCUCUAGUGACAAACGAAGUAGUGCCAUCAUCUACAGCCUGAGCGACUGCGUCGCCGUCUUCUCCGGGGGGAGAGAUCGCGACAGCUGCGGUGGGUGAGGCCGUGGAGGGUUCUGUCAUGGAACCUGGUCACAGCUCGGAUGGCGAGAAUCUGGCGACGGUGGGCAACUUGUCAGCCUCGGCCCCAGCUACUGGCGAUGUCAGUAUUGCGGGGCCGUUGAAGCUGAGGAGAAGCCUCGAAGAAGAUGACGACUCUACAAGGGGUGGAAGCAAGGGGUUGCAGGAGCUCUGGAACGUGAUUAGAGUCAGAUGA